AUGGAUAUUUUCUGGAUGGUCAGCUACUUAUUUUUCGGAACGCUUCGCCACUCAGGGCUGUGCAAUAUAAUAUUUUGGACUUAUAAAGAUUAUUACAUAGCGACAUGGUGUUACAACCAGACUUAUGUGUCAGCCAUACUACGAUGUUUCGGCGUUCUAGUUAUCUCAUUUCAACGAUACAUUUCACUUUGUCAACAUGGUCAUCGAGUUGAGCAGAUCAUCAAUAGUUCACAUCGAUGGGUUCUUCCUGUUCUCCAAUGGGUAGUGCCAACAGUAUAUUCAGUACCACUUCUUGUCUUCAGUAACGCCACCUUCUCAAGUUUAGAAACUAUGGAAGUGGUGAUUGAACGGCAAUCUAUAACGAUAGCUACCUCCAUGACAGCUACAUUCGUUCUCAUCACGUUCUUUUUAUGUUGCAUAUGCUAUGGAACAGUACUGAGAUAUCUGGUUAAAAAUCGGUUCAAUAGCAGCGUGGCCUUGAAACGAGAGCGGCGACUAUAUGCGCAGAUGCUUGGAUUGUUCGUAGGCUUUGUUCUCCUUGUCGUCUUUUACGUCAUGCAGUUCAACUUCUCACUUCAUUUCAAUGACGGACCAAUAUAUACAAUGAGGGCCAUAUUCCCGGUAGUCAGCUGCUUCUUUUCCUACGUCAAUGCAUGGAUGAUACUCUGUCUGAAUGACGAUAUAAGACGGAAAGUGCUAUCACUCAUCGGGAUUCCGUAA